AGCUCAAUGAACUUCAAUCAAAGUGGCUCAAGGCAGACAUAUUGGCUGGCUGGCCAGCACACAUCAUCCAAUCUUCCGACGCCUAUUGCACGCUGAUGCAGCGAGCGCCCACUUUUCAGAGUCGUUCUCGAGUGCACACCCUCUUUAUCUUACAGCGAAGCUCUCGUUCGUACGCGUCCAAAAGUGCCAAUCCCUAUCCCUAUCCAACGCAAACAAAUCCUCAGCCGCACCAGAUUUUCCAUUUACCGCGAAGUGCAAACCAGGAGGAUGUGAAACGGAGAUAUUAUGAACUCGUCCGAAUUUACCACCCAGACUCGGCUGUCGCUCGUCAUUAUCCCUCUGAGGAGUCGCAGGCGCGGUUUCGAGCUAUUUCUAGAGCGUACGACAUACUUCGAGGAAAAGCAUCUGUUUCUGGUGAACCGGUCGAAGCUGCUCACAAAGUGGAUCCGAUACGAUGGUCAACUAGGUCGCGUCGUCCUCAUUUCGACGAUACAGCUAGUGAUGAGCGGUGGAAAGAGAGAGUAAUCAUGGGUACCGUAUUACUAACUUUAGCUGCCUUUGUCGCACAGAUCAGUUGGACUCGCCGACAGGCUAUUGCAGAAAUGUCGAGUCAUAGAUGGCCUUCCCAUCCAGGCAAAAAGUCAGGGAAUGACGAUGACGCUCUUGCUGCAGACCAAGAAGAUGGAUCACUAGAAGGCAGCCUUGACUGCAGCCAGGGAGGUCACGGUCUUCGUGGCAGGCAGUGACCAUCGCAUUGUCCUUCGUUUCACCACUCUGAUCAGAUCGAUCAAUGACCAUUGCCACGGUGUACGAUGGGUAUCUGCUGCGCACAUGUACUUAUUGGUUGUCGACAAUCUAUGCAUUGCAUCGGAU